AUGAACCACGACUACACCAAAGGCCAGAUGAUCGGUCUGGCCGUUGGAUUCAUGAUCAUUCCGACCAUAUUCUAUGUGCUUCGAAUAUGGGCGAAGCUGCUGGUCAAGCGAUUUGCGUGGGAUGACUACCUCGCGGGGUUUGCGCUGCUGGUUUCCAUCACCUGCUGUACUUUACAAUUGGCUACCGCGAUCCAUGGACACUUGGGCCAACACCAACCUACGUUUCCUGACGGGUCACCGAUCAUGGACGAUCCAGGGUUGAUCUUCUUCGAGGAGGCAAGCCUAACCUUAAACUUUCGUCUUACCAAGUUUGCACUGAACAUGAUAUCCAUUCUGGGCUUGGGCCUAGUCAAGUCGUCCAUCUUGGUGUUGUACCGGAGCCUCUUCCCAAGUCGCAGGUUUCACUACGUCGUGUAUGCCGCUCUUGCUUUCGUCAUUGGAUGGACCGUCAGCUUCUUCUUCUCUCAUUUGUUCACAUGCUACCCUAUCACCGUUUUCAUCGAGCCUUACUACGGCAACUCCUGCGUGCAGACGGUGCCCAUGUUCCUGGCGCUGCUGUUUACCGACGUGGUGGCGGACUUUGCGAUACUCAUACUUCCCAUUCCAAUGGUCAUAAGGGUAAGAAUGCCGCUGAAGAAGAAGUUGGCUGUGAUCGGGAUGCUCGGGUUGGGCGCAGCGGUCUGCGCAGUCAGCGUUACAAGAGUGAUCGCUACCUUUGCCAUUGCGGAAGAGUACAUCAAGCAUCCGAACGACGUCAUUUACUAUACUGCGCCAGUAUUCUUCUGA